CUCCAACCACACACGCACACCACCACUCGCUACACCAUCAAUUUCUAGUGUAUGGUUUUCUUCCGCCUGCAUGGUGCUGGUACUUCGUACAGAUGUGCCCCUCCAUUUGUCUACAGGCCCACAACAUGCAGCAGCAAUACGACAGCCAACCUCCCUACCUUAUGCUGCCUGCAACUACUGAUGGAGGCUCCCCAACUGGAGAUGACCUCGACGGCGGCCACGACAACUACGAUACGACUCUAGUAUCAUGGAAGACAGAUCACCCAAGUGGGUGCUACUACCGUACCCCGUACCUAUGUACUUCGACAGCCCACGUAGGUUAUUCUGUGGACCGCAGCCGACGUCGGAGAUGCCGCGUGAUAGGACUGCAGUCGUCGACAGUCAUCACAGUGGGUUCGGGGGCAUUUUUUCUCUUCCGAAAGAUAAUCGGCAACGAGCGCGAGUGCGCGAGUGCGCAGCCUGAGAAAUUACCCACAAUCUGCAAGGAGACAGAAGACAGUUGCAAAUUGCGACUGCAGGUGUGUGGAUUACGACCCCGGAAUCUGCGAGACUUUGUUGAAUCCCGACCCAAUGCCAGACCCCGAAAUGCCUACGACGAACAGCGGGGCCUGCGGAGCCCUGGGACCUCUCUAUUCUCGACUUUGUUGAAGUUUCGUUGGAUGCUCCGAUACGACCGGACAUGCGUCCUUCUGAAAGCACAACAUCAUCGUCGUCGAGAGAACCUAUGUUGACAUGGUCGUUACCAGGUCGUCAGGAAGUCGCGGGAGCCAAGCCAAAGCUCACAAUCAUCAAUAUGUCAUCGUUGGGGUCGUGG